AUGAGUUGGCAACUAGCAUUGGACGAUUACGUACACCACUUGGCGGAACUAACCGUGGCAAUGAACACAUUGAACCCAUUGGCCCAAGCGCGCGAUCCGGUUGAUGGAACUCCUUCCGAAACUCGCUUUUCAAAUGUGCAUGAAGACGAUCAAUCUGCGGCCAGCAUUCCCACUGCUCAUGGGAAUGGCCAGUCUAAUAACAGCGUCGCGACAGAAUCCUCGCAAGACAUCACCCGAAGGGCCUACCUCCUGAAGCUUCAUCAGUCUGCGGUCCCGCUUGUCAAACUAGGUCAAAUAUUUUUAAACAAGCUCUUGGUCACUCCAGCCAGCCGACCAUCGUUCACGCUCGAUGAUCGAAUGAGUUCAGCUCAGAUGGACACCUUGGUCGAUUUCUUUGUCAGGCUGCAGGACGUGACUGAUGAAGUGACUAUACUAUUCGAGCAGGAUAGCAUUAAUAUCAGCGUCCUGAGGCAGCACUUGGCCGCGACUCUCACUCACUUCGCCCCUGCCAUGGAAGUAUUGAGCCUUCACCUCGUGCCGGUACCUCGCAAUCAACUUGGCCUCACAGAAUCCAACGCCAUGUUCACAGAGUGCUUUUCCGUAUUGAUUGACGGCUUGGAUGUGGCUACUUCAAACUUUCAACUCGCCUUAGAUACUAUUGGACAGGAGUUUGUUGAAUAA